AUGUGGGCUUCUGCAAGGCUCCUGUGUCUGUACGUUCUCAGUGCAACUGCUGAUGUAGACCACUGUACGGGCCAUCCGUUGCAGUUCUACAAGGAAGUGCUAUAUCCUUGGAAUAUCAAAGAAAGGCCCCGCAGCUUCAACGAAUCGAUGCCAUAUUACAAGUACACUUGGGAUGACUAUUUCGACUACCUCGUUAGCUCUGGUGCGACUAGCUUACAGUUGGGUGGAUAUUUACUCAACGCAAAGAGCGAAAUCAAGUUGGACCCUCCCUUCUACGACCCUUGGAACAAAACUAGUUUUAAAGCUUUGAGGAAACGAGUGGAUGCGGCCGGCGGAGUGAUAAUGGCCGAGUUGGGUAUAUAUCUCAACAAAACUUUCGACAAGGCUUCCUUCAUGGAGAGUGCCAGAGAGUUCGUGAAGGAUUAUCCUGUUGACGGUUUCAUUGUGGGCCAUCUCCCAUCGGAUUUCAGUGAAUACCCACUGCUGAAGGAACUUGUCGCGGCUAUUAAAGAACUCAACCUACGGGUGUCUUUAUG